GGAAUUUGAGGUCAUUGACGGUCACAGCCAGGUUCUGUCCAUGAUAUCUUGUACAAUUUAGGUGUUCUGUUUUGACAUAAAUAUGUUAUAUUUACUGCGUAGGCUAUAAACUGAAUAAAGUAGUCUGAUCUGUGACCAGAGUAUGGUUCUACAGCUGACAGACUGUUUAUAAUAAGCCUUAGCAAUCAGGACCAAAUGUUCAAGCCAUUUCUUUUUCAUCAUACCCUAUUGAUAUGCCUACUAAUCUCAAAGAAUACAAUAGGAUGGAGACAGUAUGUGGUAAAGGAGCGACAUUGGAUGGUGACAUGCUGAUGGUCAUCGUUAAACAAGAGGAAGAAGACAAUAGGGAGCAGAUGUCCAAUGGUCCACUGUCAUCUGACACACUCAUCAAACAGGAGCAAGAAGAGGGCCUAGAACAAGGCACUACAGCUCCAGGCGACCAACUCCCUGAGGAAACCGACACCCUGGAAGAAGCAGAGGAGGAGAAAAAGAGGAGGAAGGGAAAGACUGAAGAGAGGUUCUGGUCUGCUGUUGAGACUGAGGAUGUCUCUGGGUCAGACUCCAGUUGGUGCUGCAGACUGUGUCAGCGCUGCUUCAGUUCCUCCUGGCAGCUGACGGGACACUGUUGUACUGGCAUCGCGGGGGAGGACGGGGUCGCCCACGGCCACAAGGUCAAACUGGAGUUCCGGUGCCCAGUGUGUGGCGACCGCUUCCUCCGCCCCACAGCCUUCAUCAUGCACAAGCGCAGUCACAUGGGCCAGUCCCAGUACGUCUGUGGGGUCUGUGGACGGACGCUCAAGAGCCUGCGCAAGCUGUCCUCCCACAAGCGCUCACACUCCCGCCGCCGCGGGACUGUGGCUGAACGACAGCAGUGCCAUGACUGCAGCCAGAGCUUCUGCAACUUGACGGCACUCAGAAGCCACCGGGAGAGACAGCAUGGAGAGGAGAGGAACUGGGAGGAUGAGGAGGACAGUGCGGUGAGAGAGGAAGAGGAGGGAAGCACUGCAGUAAUCUCUAAUGAUUCAACCAGAGUUUCAGCCCAGCCUCCCCAGUCUCCUCAGUGCCACCAGUGUUUCAUGACCUUUCAGGAUGCAGAGACAGAAGAAAGGCAUUUACGCUUCAAGCACCCAGUAGAGUAUGAGAGACAUCUCAGAGGUCGCACAGUGUUUGCCUGCUGUGUCUGCGACCGUACAUUCCCCUCCUCCCGCCUGCUCUCAGCUCACCAACGCACCCACAGCAAGUGGAGUCUGCCCCCCACUGGCCCAGAAGACUCUGUCCAAGAAAGCACAGACGGAGGAGAGGCUGAGGGUGUGGACAAUGAAAAAAACAGAGCUGGUCCAACGAGCUGUGAGCACUGUCAUAUCAUCUUCAAUGACCCUCGAACCUGGGAACGUCACAUGACGGCCAAGCACCCCCCAUCCCUGUCGACGCCUACUUCACCAGGGAAUGCCUACCUGACUUCUAGACCUGCCAGGGGUCAACUACGACCCUAUCGCUGCUCCUCCUGUGGAGAGAGAUUCAUACAGGAAAGCACCCUGACCAAACACUGCACCGAGGCACACGCCAGCUGAGAGAGGAUGGUUCUGGGAGCAUAGAUACCAAGAUGAAGAGGACAAGAGAGAAUAUGUCUAGAUCAAUUAGUUGGAGGACAUGGUGCUGCUGAUCCAGGAUUUGUAGUUGCAGACCUUGGUGUAGACACCAGGCUUCUUCCUCUGGGCACAGCCGUAACCCCAGGACACAACACCCUGCAGCUGACCAUUGCACACCACGGGGCCACCGGAAUCUCCCUAAUAGAGAGAUGGGGAGACAGAAAUUAAAGUCGCUGUCCUCAUUGAGGAUAACAAGAUUUUCGGAGGGUAUGAGUGCAGAAAGAACUCUGCAUCCUACCAGGCAUCACUGCAGUCUGGUUACCACUUCUGUGGUGGCUCCCUGAUCUCCAGCACAUGGGUGGUGUCUGCUGCUCACUGCUACAAGUCAUAUGUGACUGAUGAAACUUUCUUCAAAAACAUUGACAGUAUGUUUGACAUUAAACCUUUUUUGUACAUCUGAUUAACCCUCCCAGCCACAUUCAGGUGUGUCUACGUGACCACACAACAUUGUCGUCAACGAGGGCACUAAGCAGUUCGACUCAGGGAAGGUCAUCAUGCACCCCAGUUACAACAGCCGCAACCUGGACAACGACGUCAAGCUGAGCAUGCCCGCCUCCCUGAACAGCUACAUGUGCACUGUGGUCAUGCCCUGCCGCUGUGCCAGCUCUGGCACCCACUGUAUGGGGCAACCUACUCAGCAGAGCCUUCUACCCCGACCAACUCUUCUGCAUGGAUCUCCCCAUCCUGAGCAGCGGCAACAGCACCUACCAUGGACAGAUCACCUCCACAUGUUCUGCGCUGGCUUCGUGGAUGGAGGCAAGGACUCUUGCCAGGGAGACCGUGGUGGGCAAUGGGCAGCUGCAGGGUGCUGUGUCCUGGGGUUACAGUUGUGCCCAGACUAAGAUCUGCAACUCCUGGAUAAGCAGCACCAUGUCCUCCAACUAAUUGAUUUAGACUGGAAGAGACUCAUGAUAACUGGUAUGAGAAAAUAAAACACCAUUCUUUAAAGUGCAUUACUAUGAGUGCAAUAUGUGCUUUUAGGAAAGUAUGAAACAGGUAUCUGGCUAGUGCUUAUUAUGUCUAACUUGUAAAGCAAGACAGCUCAAUCUGUUCAAUGCCAAUUGUGCACUGUUAGCUGGUGAGCCGUUUCCUGGAAACUUAAAGAUAUGAGAAUGAACAAUUGUCAGUGGAAAUAUGAUAACACAUGAACUAGCAACUGCAAUAGACAUGAGUAGAACAUGCUUUGGUUUCUCUUCAUAGGUUAAUUCAUGGAAAUUACACAAAUGUAGUCUUUCAGUUAUACAGAAAACAUUUUAAAAUGUAGAAUGUUGACAAUAUGCUUACAAUGAACCUAAAUGUGGAGCAUUCCAAUUGUGUAGCUAUUUAGCUAAGACAUAAUGAAUAAAGGUUUGUGUUCAUUUGUCUGCUGACUUAAAUUGGUGAACUUCAAAUGGCAAAUACCUCUUCGAUGAGGUUUAACAGCGGCUAGUAUCCAAUAAAUGUUGCAUUACCACCACC